UAGUGACCGGUGCCUGCUGCAGAUGGAGCGCUCCCUCGUCCUGCUGGCUGUGUGGGCUCUCACCAGCAUCCUCGCCCCUCUUCUGGUUGCAGCUGAGGAGUGCCCAGAGAGGAUUCUGGGUAAUGAGAGAAAACGCAACUGUCCAAGAAACUGCAAAAAAGACAAAGACUGCGGCGCGAAGCGGCAAUGCCUGUGUGAUGGCCAGUGUGGACUCAGCUGUGUGGUGCCAAGCCGGACCUGUCCAUGGCCCCUGCCCCCUGGGAACAACUCGGAGGCCCACCUGCUGUCCCCCACGCCCUCCUUCUCGGCGCUGCUGGAGGUGCGCUGUCUGGCUGGCUACGCCAUGGACAAUGGCCUGGAUGCGGCAAUUCGCCGUUGCCAGGGGGACCGCCAGUGGAGUGGAGAUGAGCCGGUGUGCACAGCCAUGGCCUCCCCGCCACCCCUAGAGGUUGAGGAGGAACAUGAGGAACCGGUGGCCUCCUGCGAGCUGCCAGAGCCUGAUGUCAGCCUGGUCAUCGUGGCAGGGAAGCCAACAGUGGGCGCCACCAUAAGCUACAGCUGCCCCACUGGAUACGUGUUGGUUGGGAACAGUGAGAACGUUUGUCACUCUAACCAGACCUGGCACUUCCCUCAUCCCAUCUGUCAACGGAUGUUUUGCUCCCCUCCAGCUGAAGUGGAAAAUGGCUACCUCGUAGCUGUCCAAAGAAAGGAAUAUGAUGUGGAUGACACUAUCUAUUACUUGUGCAAGAAGACAUACGCUUUAGAUGGGCCAAAUAAAGUCACCUGUCUGUCAAAUGGCAGCUGGAGUGCAAUCCCCUUUUGUCGUGCACGCUGCCCAAUCCCAGCAGAGCGUAGCAGGAUCAUUAUUGAUGGGCCCAAGCGCUGGCCUUUCGAUGUGACAGAUGGGGUCGUUCAACAUGGGGACAACGUGACAUUUUUCUGCAAACACCCACGGAAACAGUGCAGCUACACUGCUAUGGAAACCUGCUUUGACGGACAGCUCCAAGCACCAAGCUGCUACAUUGAACCCACAUGGCUGCAAUAUAAGCUCUUCCCACACCGUCUUGUCUCAGAAAUUGACUCGUGUAGCCCUGAUGACCUGGUUGACCUCUGAUGUAACAAGGGGUCUCUUGAUGCCGGUUUACAUCGCCAACUAUGUACAGCUGCGCAAACACUAAAUCAAUAUGUUUACCUGGAGAAAAUUGCAAAGGCAUUCUACACAGUGCACAGGGAUGGGGGGCAGGGCAGGGCAGCCCCAUUGGCAGACGUCGAGAGAAGAAUGAUGUUUCUUUCUCACAGAACACCAAGCAUUCUUCUUCUGUAGUAAUAACCUUCUUCAUGUGUGUAAUCGAAAAAAAAAAGUGUUAUUGCAAAACUGUCUUACAUUUGGGAAAGUUAUUUCUUGUGUGUGUGUGUGUGUGUGUGUGUGUGUGUGUGUGUGUGUGUGUGUGUGUGUGUGUGUGUGUGUGUGUGUGUGUGUGUGUGUGUGUGUGUGUGUGUGACAUGAUGUAUCAUCUGCCUGACAAUGUUCUUCAACUGAAUCAGAAAUGUGCCUGAUGAUAGCCUAGGUAUUCAACUUUCUAUUAACCAAUGACAACUCAAAACUUUGAGGCUCAGAAGUCAGAUGUUUAUUGUCAGGUAGGCUAUAGUUUUCGUGCAGAUAGACGUUUUUGUUUUGUCUCCAACAAUGUUUUUUCCCCCAAAGCUGAUCUGUAACUUACUCUCAAAGUAAUUGUUUUCAUGUUUUCUAUUUUCCCUCACAUAUUCUGGCCUUCUAUUCAAGGGCAAUGUUGUUUUGUCUGGGACGUAGGCCUAUCAAGUGGAAGCUUGAG